UUUUAUUGCUCACUGUCACUAUAAAACCUGCUUAAGCACUUGUGUUUUGUAAUAAACUUAACAAAUAUAGAAAGCAAACUCAAUAAUGGAAACUUUCUACUUCAUCCUAUCUCUCCUCUUCCUCUUCUUUUCUUUGAAGCUCUUGUUGAGAACACGGAGGCGCAGACUAAACCUACCACCGAGUCCAACUCGACCAUUUCCGGUUAUCGGACAUCUCCACCUCCUAAAACUGCCGCUACACCGUACGUUUCUCUCUCUCUCCAAAUCACUAGGCGGCGCUUCCAUUUUCUCCCUCCGCCUCGGCACACGUCUCGUUUUUGUGGUUUCUUCUCACUCAGUCGCGGAGGAAUGCUUCACCAAGAACGACGUAGUUUUAGCUAACAGGCCGGAGUUUAUCGUCGGAAAAUACAUCGGGUACAACUCAACCACCAUGGUUGGUUCGGCUUAUGGAGACAGCUGGCGCAACCUCCGUCGUAUUGGCACUAUUGAGAUAUUCUCGUCUCAUAGACUCAAUAGCUUCUUAUCCAUCCGUAAAGACGAGAUCCGACGGCUGAUAUUAUCCCUGUCUAAAAACCCUCAACAAGAAUAUGCCAAGGUGGAGAUGGGACCAUUGUUUAUGAGCUUGACUAUCAACAACAUCCUUAGAAUGGUGGCCGGAAAGAGAUUCUACGGCGAUGGAACAGAGGACGACGACGAGGCAAGUCACGUGAGGCAGUUGAUCGCCGAGGUAUCUGUGAGCAGCGGCGCUGGAAACGUGGCAGACUAUUUCCCGAUCCUUCGUUGGAUGACGAGUUACGAGAAGCAAGUGAAAGAGCUAGCUGGUCGGGUCGACGGGUUCUUGCAGAGCCUGGUGGACGAGAAACGUGCGGAGAAAGUAAAGGGCAACACUAUGAUCGAUCACUUGCUUUCUCUCCAAGAAACUCAGCCUGAUUACUACACAGAUGUUAUCAUCAAAGGAAUCAUAGUCGUUAUGAUAAUUGCCGGGACUGAUACAUCAGGAGGAACGUUAGAAUGGGCGAUGGCCAACUUGUUGAACCAUCCAGAAGUAUUAAAAAGGGCAAGGACCGAGAUCGAUGAGCAGAUCGGUUCAGACAGGUUGAUAGAGGAA